AAUACGUAGAUAAUUUUAAAUGUUUCUCUUUUGGGAUGUUUAAAUCAUUUUGAACAUCUUUAUAAUUUUUAAAUAAUUUUGGAAAACUCUCAUUUUGAAACAUGCAAAAAUUUCAUGUAUUGUUUACAUUUCUAAUACGUAUUUUAUUUAAAAUUUCCCUGCUGAUUUUUUAUAGAAAUAUUUCCAUUAAAAAAUUUUUAUUCUCAUUUUAACAGAAAUCAAACAACAUCAGCCAGUAUUUUUUUCUUUAUUCUAACCAUUGUUCCUACGAAUGUGUAAAAAAUAGACAUCAGUAAUAUUUUAAAUAAAAGCUCAUUAUUUAUUGAAUAACCCUGCGGUGCUUAGACUUUGAUUCGAGGCGAAGGCUGUGAGUGUGAAACGAGACACAUAAAAUGUGAAUUUUUCUUGCCAGAUAAAUAAUUUGAUCGUUGAAAUGUUCAGCCUUUUUGCAAGUGCAUUUUGUGGUGAAUUUAAUAGCAAGUUGAUUGACUAUAUAUUCGAGAAGCUUCAGUAUUGUAGAUUUUGAAUGUUGAGGUCCUUUGUACUCUUCUAUCGCCAUUUUUCAGAGAAAAUUUGUUAUCAUGAACGCAUGAAGUUUUGUAAGGUUUUACUGUAUUGCAAACUUUUUAAUAAAAAAUGUAGUUGAGUAUGAUGUAUGUUGUGAAUCUACUGGCGAAACGUUUCGAUGAUAAUCGUGUUUUAUUUGAAAAAUUCUACUUGGAAGAUGAUGUAAGGAGAAAUUUACUAUGGGAUCCCUUGAACGGCAGCGUGGACGACACCAUACAGGAGCCCUCCAACAUCAAAAUAGAGCAGAUCUACACCUUGGCAAACAAAGAAACCAAAUCCGAAAACUCCAAGACAAACCGUAAAAAUCGUAACACAAAACUCCCCGAAACCGAAAACCCAAAAAACGAGUCCCAAAUUUUCGAUUGCGACCACUGCAAAGAACAGUUCGAUCAAAAAUAUUUAAUAGAAGUACACAUGAAGCAGCACAAGCACAAGUGCAACUACUGUACCGAAAUGUUCAAAUUCAGCAAGCAGCUGAAGCAACAUUGCGAGCAGAAACACGGCCGAGCGCUGUUUCCGUGCACCAUCUGCGGAUACAAGAGCAACAGCAAAUGGACCCUGAGGGACCACUUCAUCCGCAAACACACGAACAGCUUUCCGUACACGUGUUCGAUCUGCGAGAAGCAGUUCAAGUUCAAGGCCGACUUGAAUCAACACACGAACCUGAUGCACAGCGACGAUCCUCCUCUGAUCUGCACCCUGUGCGACCACGCUUGCAAGAGCGUUCCUGCUCUAAAGUCUCACAUGAAGUACAAACACUACAAAACGGCGUACGAGUGUCAUAUAUGCAAACGUUGUAUGACGACGGAGAAAAACUUGGAGCUGCAUUUGUUAUGGCAUAAGAGUAGGGAGAAGGUGGUGUGUCCGACGUGUGGGAAGAUAUUUAGGCAUAAAAGGGAUCUGGAUGUGCAUCUCAGGAUUCAUCAGGGUAUCAAACCGUAUUCGUGUCCUGUUUGCGGGAAGACGUUCCCGAGGAAGUCGGCUCAGGAGCAACAUAUUUUGAUACAUACAGGAAAGAGACCGUAUAGUUGUGAUAUUUGUGGACAGACGUUCGCUCAGAAGCCGGGACUGCUGGGACACAGGAAGAGACAUCCUGGACCACUGCCUCCGGUGCCUGCGGUGUCCAUCAAGGAUAUUGUUGCGGAGUUCACUAGGAGUCUGCGUGACUCGAGUUUGAAGAAUUAGUCUGUGAUGGGACUUUGUUGAUGGUUUUAUUGUUUUAGGAUGAAACCUUGUUGAAGGUUUAAUUGUUUCAGGAUGAAACCUUGUUGAAGGUUUAAUUGUUUUAGGAUGAAACCUUGUUGAAGGUUUAAUUGUUUUAGGAUGAUAUUGUUUCCUUUUUGAAAUAUUUUAAUAGACAGGGUUUAGUUUUUGCGGUAUUUUUAUGUGAUUUUUAAUCAUACAGAAGCAAAAGACAUUUGACAUGUUUUUAAAGAGAUUUGUAUUUAAUUAUUAAUGUAAAUUUAUUGAAAUAAGCUGGUGUUAAAAUGUUUAAUACUUGUUAAAAUUUUGAAUUUGUAUAGAUUAUAUAUUACGUAUUGUAGAGUUGACAGGAUCUGCAAAACAAUAAAGACGUAUUUAUGCUUCCAUAAAGAUAAGCACAAAGAAUGCUUGUUUUGUACAAAUAUCUGUUCCUGCGAAAAAAGAUACAUGAUGUUAUAAAGAUAAAAAAGUGAAA